AUGGAUUGGUCCACCCCGCACUUGGCUCCACCUCCUCCGGCGGGGAAGUUGGAAGUGGAGGAGCCCUUAUACGAGAAGCGCGUACGUCUCCACAAGAGGGCCAGGGACACGAGCACUUCUAGUGAGCAGGCUGUGUACAACAAUUUGCUUGGGGAACCUAAACCGUUGGGUCUUCGCCUCAGGAAGAGUCCGUCGAUUCAUAUGAUGCUUUCUCAGUCAAAGGCAGGUGCAUUUCAUGAAUUCUUUAUGGGUGAUCUAGUGCAUUCUAAUUCUCAUAUGUUUUUGUCAAGUAAUCCUUUACCAAAUUGGUUAACUUUGUGGAGAAGUUCACUAUGUUCUAUUGGCAAACAGUUUGUGACUAGAUAUGAAGGAGAUUUAGUGGCAAAAUGUUACUUCGCCAAACGUAAACUUCUAUGGGAAUUUCUCGAAGGUGGCGUGAAGAGCAAGAUUGAGUUUCAUUGGUCCGACAUUACUGCAAUUAAGGCUGUAUUUUUUGACGGUGGCCAUGGGGCUUUGGAUAUUGUGUUGGCAAGACCACCUCUUUUCUUCCGAGAGAUUGAUCCUCAACCAAGGAAGCAUAUACAGUGGCAAGCAACUCAGGAUUUUACCAAUGGCCAAGCACAUAUACACAGGAGGCAUAUACUUCAAUGUCCCCAGACCUCGUUGAGAAAGAAUUUUGAGAAACUUAUCAACUGUGAUCCUCAUUUGAAGCUACUUAGUCAGCAACCUGAUCUUAUAUUAGAAUCACCUUACUUUGAUCCGCUACUUAAUCAACAACCGGAUAUUAUAUUAGAAUCACCUUACUUUGAUUCGCUACUUAAUCAGCAACCUGCAUCGCCUUACUUUGAUUCUCAGUACUCAGUUUUGGAAGGUAAAAGUGAUUUUAAAAGUCAUAUCAAUGAUGUUAUUAAGGAUGAUUCUAAAACCACUUUCUCCGGCUUUUACGAACCUGGUCCCCCUUGUGCAACAUCAUCAAUCUCCAAUAAGACGGAAACACAAGAUUCUUUCUGGAGGACACCUGCUUUUGAUUCACAAUGCACUCCUUCACCAUGCUCAGUUGAGGAGCUGGCUUCAGGAAACACAUCAUUGCCUCGCGACGCUCUAUUCAACGAAGAGGACUUUAUAUCACAACUCCUUGACUUUGGUUUCCAGCCUCCUUCUGCUGCUUCUGAUGAACAAUCCAACAUCCCGAAGGUCAAUUCCCGUUGCUGCCUGCUCCAGCAAGAUACAGUGGCCGGUAUGAUGCUAAAUGCCCAACUGAAUGAUCAGGAUGGCGGUGCUGACGAUGCACAAGCUGGUGCUGGAUCCUACGAUGAAUCUUAUUCAACACCAGAGGCCGAACAAUCAUUCUUGGAAUUUAUGAAGAUUCCUCGAAUAGCCUCGUUUCCACGAGUUCUUUCUCUAUCCUACUUGACGUAG